GGCACACCCUCCUUUGUUCCAAACCAAUCAGAGUGGACGUGUGGCGUUUUGCCCGAGGGUAAAACUUACCCCUGGAUGCAUUAAUUACGCAUCACUUAGCUGUUGCCAAUGUGUUCACAACGGUGGACCCUCUUUUGGGCUUUUUACAACGAUUGCUUUCAUUUUUCGGUCAAUCUAGUAUGGAAAGUAGACAACAAUGGCUUACCAGGCUGAAAAAUGAACUUAGCAACAGUCCUCUGGUAUCAAAUGUGGCUUUUGGCUUCAUCCUCAUGGGACUAGAGAAACUGGUGGAGCUGGAGUUUGAGUGUCCUUGCAAUCCUACAUGGAACGGAGUGUUUUCAUCAGCAUUCUUCAUCAUUCCUGCCGUCAUGGCCUUCACGUUGAUGCUGAUCAUUCAAGGAGGCAGAUGUGAUACGCGGUGCUGUAAAACUUUUCCCUUCUCCAGUUUUGUUCCUGCUAUCGUGUGGCUGAUUUUGCUGUUCCUCGAUGGACAAUACUUUGCUUGUGCUAUGACAAACUGGGAUGGUAGAUUUGUACUAGUUGACAAGGCAGCUCCGCAGAAGUGGUGUGAGCCAACAAGUGAGGGAGAUGUCACCCCACAAGAACUAAUGCUCCGCUCGCAGCAGCUGUUUGUUUUUUCUCAGGUUAUAGGCAUAAUCCUCCUCAUUUUCAUCUGUGUGGGUCUCAUAGUGUAUGUAAUCAGAGAAAGCUGCCAACAAGAGGUGGAAAUGCAAGAUUCAGAUGUAGCUGAGCUCACUGUGCUCAGGAUGAGCACUCUACGGACCAGGACAUCAUGAGAGGACUUACACCGCCCACCUCACCUGCCCUGCUGGCAUGGACACUUUGUAAAUACCCUGAACAGACUUUACAAUGACUUCUCAUCAUUAUUGUCACUACGUGCAGUAUUUUUCCCUUAUCAAACUUUCACUGAUGAUCAAUGACGCUGCUGUAUGAGGCCAUAUGAUUAUGGAUAUUACUGAAAACAGUGAUUUUGUUUUUUUCUUUGUAUUAUCAGCUGAUAUGUACCCGGAGCUGUGCUUGUGGUCAUCUAAUGAGUCACAAGGUAUUGGUUUUACCUGUCUGUACAGUAAUAUUGGCACUUUUCUUUGGUGAGAAUUAGAUCAAAAGAUUAAUUCCACUUUCAUGUCCCAGUCUUAUAAAGCUACAAACCCAGUAUUUGUAAGGUUAGCUUAGCUUAGCGUAAAGACUGGAAAUGUAAGGAAGGCUUUGAUUCAUGUUUACAAAACCAGAGUGUAAAUGUGAUAAUUAUUUUCAAGGGGUGGUUAUGUGCUAGACAGUUCCUUGACUGGAAUCCUUUGCAGCCAGACCUAUCCUUAAAUUAUUUGCACGCCAGUGAGGGAUCACCAUGGAAUCACUUUUAAAAAAGCAAAUAUGACAGAUUUGGCCAAUAUAACAGUGGUCAAGGAUAGGAAACCCACUGCAAACCAGAGAGUUGGAAACGCUCUACAAAGGUGUGGCCAUUAAAGACUGAAGGGUGCAACCUCUGAAUUGGAACAUCUGUUGUCCAGCAUAUAACCACCUACAGACAGCUCUUUACACACCUUUAUGUUAAACUAAGCUAAAUGGCUGCUGAUUCCAGCUUCAUUCAUUUAAUUCAUGACAAGAAAGAGAAUAAGCACAUGACCUGAAAUAUGUAACUUUUCCUUUAAAGUGAUAUUUCACUUUGUUAAAUUGUCAGUGCUGCUGUCUUACUUUCAAGUUUUCAACCUUGAAAAUUGUUUUUUCACUUUCUGAGCCUGGACGUUUUUUGUGCCUUUUGUAUUAGCUAUAUUGAGUCAAGUGGAAUCCAACAGGCAGCUAAUAUCUAUCUGACUACUGUUAGUUGAUUCUUGUUUUGAAGUGCCAAAAUGAAAAUGUUCCAACAAAGUGAAAUCUCACUUAAAAUAUUUCUGUUUUUCCUUGUGGUUUUCUCCAGAACGUAGGGUCAGACCUUCAUCAUGUCUAAUCCUACAACACUUAUGAUUCAAUCUGAUAUUGCUUAUGAUUUACCUGUAUGACAGCUAGAGAUGUAAAAUCAUGUGUAUGAUGUUUUCUAUCAUGGCUGCAACCAGCCAAAAGUAGGAAGUAGACACAAAAUCUAAAACAAUGUAUUUUUAUUGUUUUGUAAUAAAAUUAUUUAUUUAUUUAAGUAAAA